AUGGAGACAAGUCACGGUCCCUCUAUGAAUGGAAGCGGCGUGAGGAAACUCGCCAGCCCUCGUCUAAAGGCACGCCCAGCAACCGCCCUCUCGCCUCGUUCGUCUCUACCUCAGCAUCGGCGCAUCCAAUGCAUCGGCCACUACGACCUCGACAAAACGAUUGGCCAAGGCCAGUUUGGUAAGGUCAAGCUGGCGACGCACGUGCUCACCGGCGAGCGGGUGGCUGUAAAAAUCAUUCUCAAGAGCAAGCUCGACGAGGACACCUUAAAGAAGGUUUACCGCGAGGUGCGCAUCAUGAAGUUACUCAACCACCCCAACAUCAUCCGUCUCUACGAAGUUAUCGAAACGGAAAAGGUGCUGUUCUUGGUCAUGGAGUACGCCAGCGGAGGGGAGGUGCUCGAUUUCAUCGUUGCGCACGGCCGCUUGCAAGAGCGCGAGGCGAGAAAGUUCUUCCAACAGAUCGUGUCCGCCGUGGACUACUGUCACAAGCACCACGUCAUUCACAGGGACAUCAAGUGCGAGAACCUCCUGCUGGAUGCCGACCUCAACAUCAAGAUCAUCGACUUCGGUCUUUCCAACUGCUUCACGCCCGGAUCGCUCAUGAAAACCUUUUGCGGAAGCCCCACCUACUGCGCCCCCGAGCUGAUCCAGCGAAGGGAGUACCAGGGACCCGAGAUCGACGUGUGGUCUCUAGGCGUGGUGCUCUUCGUGCUCGUCUGCGGCUAUCUGCCCUUCGACGCCAAAGACUUCCAGACCCUGUUCCGCAAGAUUCUCUCCGGCGCGUACAGCGUGCCCGAGUUCGUGUCGCCGGAGUGUCGCGAUCUGGUGCGUCGCAUGCUCGUCGGGGAUCCGGUUCAGCGAGCGACCCUGGAGGAAGUGCUGCGACACAGCUGGCUGCAGAUGGGCCACACGCCCGCGUCUUCGGAGGAGCUAGCCGACGCGGCCUUCGCCUUUUCCCUGUCCCACGAAGUCGACCCCGACGUGGUCGAGCAGAUGGAGUCGCUGGGCUUCCCCCGCGAGCAGGCCCUGGACUCCAUCGUCAACAAUCGCUACGAUAUCGCUGCCUCCACCUACUACCUCCUCGCAUCCCGUAAGUUCAAGUCGCGACCACCACCGGCCCCGCUGGGAGCGGCCGCACCCGUCGCCCCGCCUCAGCCACCGCAGCCCCAGCGACCAACGCGCGGAAUCCGCGGUCACAAGCGACACCACACCGUGGACGUGCCCAUCGCUGAGAUGGACAACCAGGCGCCCUCGGCUGCGCACCAGGAUCCCCUCCGCGACCCUGCGCCACAGAUGAACAAGUCUCGCCACCCGCCGCAAUCGGGCCAGCCUGCGGCUCCUCAUCAGCCAUCGGGCGUGCCGCAUCAACCGACCGCCCCCACACCGAUCAUUACGCUCACGCCCACGGGCCGCCCCGCCGACGAGCCGCAUGCUGGCGCGGCUGCCGGCGUUCGCGUACCGGAUCCGGCACUCGGGAACGGCAAUCCCGGCCUGCUGCCCUUCUGGCGACAGCGAGGGCACCACCGGUCGCGGUCGGUGGACACCACGUCCUCCGGGAUGCAGAGCCCUCCUCAGCACGACUACACCUCGCACAUCAUCAAGGAGGCUACGAUACUGAACUCGUCGCCGACCGGUUCGCGGAUAGCGCGCCGCUCGCCGCCGCUCAACAAGAACCAUUCCCCGCCCGGGCACUACUCGCCCGCCGCACCGCCGCACCCGCUCCCGCCCGACAUCGCGCGGGUCAAGGCCGCUGCGCGUCGCAAGUCGAUGCGCCCCAAGUCGGUCGGGCCGUGGAACCCCCCGGCAGAGGCCGCCACGAUCCCCGCGGCGUGCGAUGUGCCGCCGCCGCCACACGAAGAUCAGAGCCUUGAGGCGCAGCUCCGGGCAAGCGCGACGGUUCAGCUCCCGCCGCCGCCGCCCGCGCCCGAGCAGGGACCCUUCAAGCCUGGCCACCGACGCGCCCAGUCGUACGACAUCCGCGCCAUCAAAACGCAGGAGCCCCCGGCGGCAGGCGCUCCAUGGCACCCGGCGCAAGACGAGGAGGACCCGCUGAGCGACGACGACCCUAGCAAGAGAGGCGACCAGAGCAAGAAUGGAGGCACGCUCAACUCCCUCGUCAACUCGCUUAAGUCCGGCCUCGGUCUGCUACGUGGACGUGGCGAGAAGGAGAAGGAGAAGGAGCCCCGAUCGAUUCGCUUCGCUCUCAACGUGUCGACCACGUCGGCCAAGUCGGCCGAGGAGAUCAUGAAUGAGGUCAGCCGCGUCCUGGCGCUCAACAACACCACCUUCACCACGAGCUCCUACUGCGCCUACUGCACCUGCGACGACGUGCACUUCGAGGUCGAAGUGUGCAAGCUGCCCAUGCUCUCGAUGAACGGCAUCCGCUUCAACCGGAUAUCGGGAGACGCCUGGAACUACAAGCGUAUCGCCGCCAGGCUGAUCGAGCAGAUGGAGCUCUAA